AUGUCUAGCAAACUUGCACCAAUCUCCUAUGCCUCAUCUAUCGUUGGCUUUACAAGCUUCGCAUUUACAUUCUUUACCUUCGUAAGGGUGUUCUGGGAGACGAUCUUGACAUUAUGGUCUGCACCCAAACAAAUGAUGGGCCAACUCGACAAUUUGAGGAUCGAAAUACAUAACGAGAGAGCCUAUUUCAAGUCCGCAUUGAGACGGACAAAGUCGAGAAGUAGGAGUGUCAAGAGGCACCAUGAAGAUAUUGCACCUUUGAAAAUUCUUAAUGGCACUGUCAGGCGUAUCCAUCGCGAAUUCGUCAGAUUGGAAGAGCCCUUCUUGAACACCUCACCCUCUAGAGCCGAGGAAGACAUCGAGCGCCAUUCCGAGGAAAGCGUUGAGACCAAGUAUGCCUCUAUGACCCUCUCGCGACGAUGGAAGUGGAUGCGGACCAAGUCUGAUAUCCUUUCGCUCGCUGAGCAAGUCGAUCGGAUUCAAACGCAAAGAAUAGCUUGUGAUACUACCAACUUGUUAAUGAAACUUCAUACGAUGGACAAAACCUUCCAGGAUUUUGAGGAUAGACUAUGGGAUAUUGAAGAACACAUCAUGGGCGAACGGCUGGACGACGGAAAGAUCUACAUCAAAAGACGAGUCGACCGGUCACCGAAUAGAACCAAGAAGCUUGUGCACGUGAUCGACAUUCCCGCCGGGUUUGCUCUUCGAUACAUCAACGUGUUCUUCACGCCUUCAUUCGUCCUACUACCGCUCAGUCCACCUGUGAGUGGUGUUGAAGUAGGCAAGAUCAUUGCCGUCUUCUUGAUCGGCUUUGUGGUGAUGUUUGCAACUACCGCAUACUUCACUCGCGGACUUCAGCUGCUGCUCGGCAGCUCAAAAAGAGCUAUCAUCGAGCGAGCCGAGGAAAUGGGCGUUGAAGACGACGACAUUCCCCUGACCCAAUCGACCAGGAACCCACCAACGCCCGAGGCUUCUUCAACGGACUUGGGAGAAACCGAUUACUCUCCGGGCGAAGCAAGUCAGAAUAUAGCUCUUCCAUCCCGGACCCAGAACCCCUCGCAGGUCCGCAUCACCAACGGCCCACCCGAAUCCGAACCACUCACCACAACGACUCCCUCGCAACCCAGACCCCGACAAGACCCGCUCCCUCCAACACGCGCCCAAAAAUGGGCCACCCUUAUCAACAUCCACCUCGACACCCUGACCUACGCCCUCCUCUUCCUCCUCAUCGGCCUACCGAUCUACUACUCAACCUCCUACACCAUGCCCGCGCACCUCACCCUCUCGAUCCUAACCUACUUCCUCGCUCUCUCCCUGCCACCCCGCCACAAACGCAUCAUCCACCCCGUCCUCCUCUCCUCCUCCCUCACCAUCCUCCUCAUCUGGCUCCUCGCCCUGUCGAAACGCUCAACCCUCCACGCCGCCCUCCUGACCUACAGCACCAAAACGCGCUACGUCCAGCUCUUCAACGACGACGGACCGCACCUUCCUCUACCGGGCGCAGGCGACGUUUUCGGCUCCGUCCUCGACGUCUCCAUCGUCGCCCUCGCCCUCCCAAUGUUCCAGUACAGACUGGAGCUCAAACGCCACUUCCCCAGCAUCAUCCUCCCGAACGUCCUCAUGGCAACCGGUUCCCUCUUCGGCUACCCCUCCCUCUGCCGCGCCCUCGGUAUUUCACCCGCUCGCUCCCUCUCCUUCGCGUCUCGCUCCCUGACCCUCGCCCUCGCAACGCCGGCCACGCAGAACCUCGGCGGAGACUUGCAGCUCGUGGCCGUGCUGUGCAUCAUGAGUGGCGUCAUGGGCGUGCUUGUCGGACCUACGUUGCUGACGUGGAUGCGGAUUCCGGAGGAUGAUUAUGUGACUAGGGGUGUGACGUUGGGAGGGAAUAGCAGUGCGAUUGCGACGGCGUUGCUGUUGGUGAGUGAUCCGCGGGCGGCGGCGUUGAGUAGUUUGAGUAUGUCACUUUUUGGGACGGUGAUGGUGGGAUUGACAAGUGUGCCGGUCGUUGUUAGGGUCGUUGGGGGGUUGGCGGGGGUGGAGGGAUAG